GAAGUGAGGUCAGGAUCUCCAAGUACAAAGACGUAGAUGAUAGAAGAAGUAACUACUGGUCUCAGACAGCGUGAACCUGAGUGGAUUAAAAUGUUUGUAAUUCUGGUUCUGGUUCUGGUUCUGCAGCUUACAGAAAUCAGAGGAACGUUUUCACCCAGAUUUGUUGUCCGAGAUGGAGAUGAUGUCACUCUGCCUUGUGAUAACAUGAGAGAUGAACAGGAUACAUGUGAAAAAACUAACUGGCUGUUCAGUAAUUCACCAGAUGCAUCAGUUACCGUCUCUACAGACAGACAAGUGUCUGGAAAAACGGAAAGAUUGGAGGUGGCGGCUGAUUGCUCUCUGGUCAUAAAGAAUGUCUCACAUGAGGAUGUUGGUUUCUACACCUGCAGAACUUCACGUAUCAAUAAUAAUCAAGAUGCUCAUGCUCAUCUGUUUCUCAUAACAAUGACGAAGAAGAAAGAGGGCGACCAGGUGACGUUUUCCUGCUUCGUCGCAGCAAAGGAAACGUGCAAACACACGGUGGAGUGGAUGUAUGAGGGGGGAGCUGUGAACGAUACCAUGAUCAUGAAGACAUCCGGAUGUUCAGUUACUGCGGUUAUUCCUGAAAGUUUCCUCAAGAACAAACCAAAAUAUCGAGAGAUGUUUUCCUGCAAAGUGAAGGCUGACUCCACAGAAAGAGACCAGCUGUUUCCCCUCAGCCCUCAGACAGCCGGAAAUGAUGUAAGCAUGACAAGUGCAGAAGGAAGAAAAGCUAAUGAAACACAGCCUGCAUUGAAAAACGCUUCAACAACUCCAUUAAAUUUGUGGUUAUACGUUGUCGUGUCUCUUGGUUCAGUAGCAUUGAUAGUAACUGUUCUAGUGAUCACUCUGUGGAAACGAAGGGAAGAGGAAAGAUUGAUAAUUCUUCAGGAUGUGGAGCAACGCCUGAACUCUGCUGUGGUUCUGUCUAUUCCUGGAAACGGUCCAAACACGGCUGACCCUGAAGAUGAAGUUCUCUACGCCACCAUUUGCCACACAGAAAAGGCAAAAAGUAAAACUUGGGAUGAUGAGAAGCCAGGCGACUCUGUGACCUACAGCUGUGUGAAGGUCGAUUCUCCUGCAGGUUCCUGUGAUCCUGACAGCCUCAACGCAAACCAUCAGCAAAUCACAUGAGCAAGAAAUGAAAUAUUUUGCUUCUGAAAACAAAACCUUAUUUAUCAUGAAGUUAAACUGUUAUUAAGAUAUUAACUGGAUGCUGGUGUGAUUUAUUUCAGUUGAGUAGUUGGUGUGAAAGUCAGGUUUCAGAUCAUAAUCACAUGUAUCUUGAUUAUGAUGUCCAGGUUAUUAAUUCAGAAAAACAAAUAAUUCAGCAACAUGAUGUGUUUUCUGUAUUGAUCUGAUUUAGUGCUUAAGUCUGACGGUUUAUUUAUUAACUUAAGUAUGUAAAGUAAUACAAAUUAUACAAGUAGGAACAUUGUGCUCUUUAUAGAAGUUAUAUAAAUCCAAUGUGCCAGAAGUGUUCAAAUAAAUCACCAAUAUGGUGGACACAAAACUCCAAACACAAAAAUAUCAAACCUCAUGACAAAGAAAAUGCAGAAACUUUAAAUAACGAGUAAAUAAGUCACUAAAAAAGAUAAAUAACAGAAUUACCUAAUAUGGCUUCCACGAACUUCAGUUGUCUGGGACUCUGGCAACGAAAUUCACUUGAUUACUAAAUAAUUUUUCUUCUAGUAACUGAAAACUGAAUGUUUAAACUAAUGAGUAACUGGUGCUGAAAGGACGAGGACAUCUAGUGGUGAUGAGAGGAAGUGAAAAAUAAGCAAACCCACAGAUUCAUUAGCUUAUUAAAAUAAUUCUCCUUUUUUCUUGUGAGCAUAGAAACAUAUUUCAUUGCUUUAUUUUCUAGAUUUUUAGCUUUUUUUUUAUUUAACCAACCAUUUUAUUGCUUCUUUGUUUAUAUGUAAUACUAAAUUUUAAUGUGGUACUUUUUAUGUAAUUUUCUUUAAGUGUCAUUUUUGGCCAGAAAUGUUGCUGUUAUUAAAACCUUUCUCUGCCGUGUCGGUGCUCCGCUCUGGAUUACAUCGUCUUUGUUUUGCAUCUGGCUGAACUAAUUCUGGUUACGUUCAUUGCAUUUCUUUUCUUCAGGUCUCAAGGUAACAAAAGUAAAAACAACUUUAAAAAUGUAAAAACUGAAUGUAAUUAUUGAAUAUGCAUUUGUGUUAUGUUUCAUAGGAAAAAACAAAGUGACUGACAAAUCUGUGAGUUUCAUUAGGAAAACUGCCAAAAUUUGUUUUCAUGGCUUUUAAUGCAAUUUACACUUUUUCUUCUUCUUGUGCAGGUUUUAAACUCAGAAUCAAGACAAACAGUAAACCACUCAGAUGUUGAAUCAGUUUAUCUUAUCGUUAUUUAUCAUUCUCCUCAGUUUUCUUUUCAUUUACUUUUUCAAAUGCAGGAUUAUGGAUGGAAUGUGCCAUAAGAUAUGGGAAUGAAAAUAUAAAUUACAUAAACAAGA